AUUAUUCAGGCCUUCCCUCCCGAUGACAACUCCCUCAUUCUCCCCAUCACCAUCAUCGUUGCCUGCAGAGAACAAGCGCAUUGUUCUCUUAUCUGGCUUUCCACAUAAAUAAUUUUCUUCUACCAUCUUCCUUUCAACGGAGGCCAGUAACCAUCAUCGCCAACAUGAAUCAUUACCUCCCCAGUGAGCACGGAAGCGAUAUGGAUAGCAGCUUCUCCAGUGUCGCCGUGUUUUCAGACAUGUCAGCGAGUCCAGCAUCAUCCCGUACUUCGGCCACCACUGAAGUCUACCUAUCAUCGCCAUCACGUUCCACAUCCGCUAUGCACUAUGGGAUCCACGGCAUGCCUAUGCAUAUGUCGCCACAGCCUGCACUCAUGACUCAGGACUAUGUCCAUAUGCCUUCACCCAUUACUGAGGGCUACGUACAUGUGCCUUCGGGCAUCACUCAGGACUACGUUAACGUCCAUUCACAGAGUAACCGGGGAUUCCCCAGCGAUCAACAUUACAGAAACAAUGCUCCAGCUCCGGGGUAUUUUCCUCUCCAUCAUAGCCUACCGGAUUUCUCGACUUCCGCCCCUUUUAUAUCGGCAAACCGCGGUUACAACGUUCGAGACGCAGAGUCACCAUCAGCCAUGUCCAUAUGGUCUUACGACGGCGCUACUCCGUGUUUUGAAAGCUCUUGUUCUUCUCCCGUCUCUGUGGCUGCUCACACCCACAUUUCACCCACUCCUUCGCCCAGAGCCUUUUGUCACAGGCCACAAAGGAGGAGAACUACGCCAAAUGGCACACGGGCUAGGAGCUCAAGGCGUGCGGAUACCCAUACCACACUCGAGGGAAUCACAAGAAUUCCGCCAAACAGACAUGCCUGCAGUUUUCCUGGUUGUGGGCGCACAUAUGCCAGGCCGGAGCAUAUGAAGCGUCACGAGAAAACCCACGAUGAAGAUGCUACCGUUUUCACUUGCAAGAUAUGCCUUGACCUCAUGCCCCCAGAGAAGGUCCACAGGGUCAAGGCCCGAUUGGACAACUUCAUCAUGCAUGUCAAGAACCACACUGAUAUCAAGGGGGUCAAAACGUCGGCUUCGAGGACAAAAUAUCAUCCAGGCGCGCUUGCAUACUUGCGUUCUCUUGAGGCUCGGCAGAAGAACAAAGGCCGCGGUACCAGGAAACCGGACCUUUGCUGCAAGUUGUAAGCAGCGGCUCAGCGGACUGGAAGAUAUGUGAUACAUUGAAACAAGGUUGGGGUGAGCACACAUAAAGACUUAUUUUGGACGAGGGAUGGCUGCAAAGAAGAUGGGAUAUUGCUUGGGUUUGAUUCUGGAGUUUUUCAUGGGUUACUCUACACUAUGGGUGAUAAUUUUGCUUGUUAUGUAUGUCAUGACCUCCAGCUUAAAUAUUCGGAGGCUUUUUGCACUUGUUUUUGUUUUCAGUUGGUCUUGGUGUUUUCUUUUUGCUUGCUAGUGCGAAUCUACUUGUAUGUUCUGAG